GACAGCAGACUCGGCACUCCACGGGGCCAAGUGGUGGCCUGGGAGGCCUACCGGCCGUUGAACAGCCUCUCGACGCGGACUCGGACGUCACCGGCUCCACAUGCUCCGACACCUUCAUCGAACCCGCAGAGACACCGACUGGUCUCGCGCGUCGUCGGCUUCUGGCCUCUGCUCGAGGCCGUACUGCAGGCGGCCUCGGGCUCGAGUCCGAACUCUUGCGACACGCUCUUCUCAACUCGUCUGCACCAGCUCGACCGCUGGCUGACUUGGUUGCCCUCGCGACUGGCCACGCCCAGCGCCACCGGCCGGACGCCUCUGCAGCUCGUCUCCGACCUGCGAGCCCCGAGAACGGCCCCGACUGGCGGCGUCGGACGAGGACGGUCCGCGAAGUCCGAGGCCGACGGCGGACGAAAGGACUCGGAGGAGGCCGACUGGUCGAGGUUGCAUCGGCUUCUCUGGCGGCAUGCUCAGAUCGGCGAGUUCCUCACUGCCACGAUGGCUGGAGACGUGCCUCGCAUGCAGAGCUGCCUCGAGUCGCGCUUCUUUUGGACAGUUUACUGGGGCGUUAUCCCACUUGCUCGUCUACCUUGCCCUCCUCACUCUCGAUUUGUUGAUCCGACUUGGGCCUCCUCUCCGAAUCUCGCUCAUGGCCCCGAAGAUCCAUUUCUUACCUUGCUGGCUGAUCGAGUUCACUCGGUUCCAGACUCAGGUUUCAUUUUACUCCAGGCCCCAUUUCUUAUGUUUUGUCACAUACCUUGGCUGGCACGAUUACUGUGGCCUCACCGAAUAUACCUCAUAGGCUCAGAUUCCCAUGCCUGUAGAUAUCAGGCAAUGUCUCCACGGCCCAUCCAUGGGAUCCAAACCGUGUGCCCUUAG